AUGAGCAUUCAAAGUAUAACAGCAAAAGGUGGUAAAAAGACUGCUGUUGCCGUAAGCACGUGCAGUAAUUCGGGACAAUUCGAAGUAGUCGUCAAUAAAAGGCCCCUUCACCUGUGCAACCCACAGAUGAUCCUCCCAAAGAUCAUGGAGCUAUUCUCCAUACUCGACAGGAAGUACUACGAAGGCCUUUCCUUCAGCGUAAGUGUCCGGGGAGGAGGAGAUGUAGCUAAAUUAUACGCUGUAAGACAGGCAAUAGCCAAGUCUCUGAUUGCGUACUACGGAAAGUUCGUAGAUGAGCAGCUUAGAGCCGACCUGAAAGAUGUGAUAACAAAGUACGAUAGAUACAUGGUUGUAACUGACUCCAGAAGAAAAGAGCCAAAGAAGGCAGGAGGACCAGGAGCACGUGCAAGAUACCAGAAGUCCUUCCGAUAG